UUACAGCUCUGCUACUCAAACACCCUUUUUUUUUCCUUGGAAAAUGAACGACGGCAACGGUAACUGUAAGCGGCGACGAAAAGAGAGGUUCGCCGGCGAAGAUCUCAGUGACAUGAAUGAAUCCUCCAACGACGAAAAUUCUGUUCUGAUGUCCACCCACAAGAGAAAAACUCGAACCAUGCUGGGAUUUUACGACUCCGUCGCCAGCGCUUCCGUGAACCAGACGGAAACCCAAUCACCCAACCACGAUAAGCAAUCUGGGUUGGGUCCAUCAUGGUGGGAUGAGUGUAACAGACCCGGUUACCCAGAAGAUGAGUUCAAGAAGGUGUUUAGGAUGAGCAAGUCAACGUUCGAGCUCAUUUGCUUCGAGCUCAGCUCCGAAGGAGACGCCUCCACGUUACGGAACGCGAUCAGCGUUAAACAAAGGGUGGCGGUCUGCGUUUGGCAGUUAGCCACGGGCGAACCGUUACGGCUCGUCUCGAAACGGUUCGGUUUAGGCAUCUCGGCGUGCCGUGAAUCGGUCCUGGAAGUGUGUUCCGCGAUAUGCAGCGUUUUGAUGCCCAAGUAUUUACGAUGGCCGGACGUGAAAUCGUUGCGGAAAAUAAAAGAAGAGUUCGAAGUCAUUUCGUGGAUACCAAACGUGGUCGGAUCAAUGUACACGACGCAUGUACCGAUCACACCGCCGAAAACAUGCGUGGCAGCCUAUUUGAAUGAAAGACAAACGGAAGGGAACCGGAAAACGUCGUAUUCGGUAACGGUACAAGGUGUGGUGGAUCCCAGGGGAGUCUUCACCGACGUUUGCAUCGGAUGGCCGGGAUCUAUGAACGACGAUCAAGUGCUGGAAAAAUCAGCUUUGUAUCAAAGGGCAAACUGUGGGUUAUUGAACGGAGUUUGGGUGGUGGGGAGCUGGGGGUAUCCAUUAAUGGACUGGGUAUUAGUCCCUUACAGGCAACAUCGUUUGACAUGGACACAACAUGGGUUCAACGAAAAGAUUGGGGAGAUUCAAAGGGUUGCUAAGGAAGCUUUUGGGAGAUUGAAAGGGCGGUGGCGUUGUUUGCUGACUAGGACCGACGUCAAGUUGCCUGAUUUGGCUGUCGUCGUCGGAGCAUGUUGUGUUCUGCAUAACAUUUGUGAAAUGAAGGGUGAAGGGUUCGACCCGGAUUUGAGAUCCGAGUUCUUUGAUGAUGAUGAUGAGAUGGUCCCUGAUGUUGAUUUGAGAUCGGUGAGUUCCAUGGAAGCUAGAGAUGCUAUAGCUCAUAAUCUUUUACACCAUGCAAUUUAGGAUUGGAUUGAUUUCAUCUCAUGUCCCCAAAUUCUAAAUUGAUUCUUCAUUUUAAAACCUUUUAAAGUA